AGCAUCCAUUUAUGAGUUAAAAUAACACAUUGACUUGUCAUUAAUUCUCUUUAAUUUUUGUUGCACUCCCAUCAAACCUUCCUACCUUACGAAAAUGGAGAAGAUUCAGCACAAUUAUGUGGAUGUAAGAGGACUCAAGCUUCACAUUGCAGAGAUUGGAACAGGCCCUGCAGUAUUCUUUCUUCAUGGAUUCCCUGAGAUAUGGUACUCGUGGAGGCAUCAGAUGAUAGCAGUAGCGGAUGCAGGAUUUCGAGGCAUAGCCCCUGACUUCAGAGGCUAUGGUUUGUCUGAAUUGCCUGCAGAACCGGAGAAGACGACAUUCAGGGACCUUGUCGAUGAUCUUCUGGACAUGCUUGAUUCAUUAGGCAUCCACCAGGUUUUUCUUGUGGGGAAGGAUUUUGGAGCUCGAGUAGCUUACCAUUUUGCACUCGUACACCCUGAUAGAGUUUCAACUGUUGUAACAUUAGGUGUGCCCUUUCUUCUCACUGGUCCAGAAACAUUUCCUCGAGAUCUCAUUCCCAAUGGGUUCUAUAUGUUGAGAUGGCAGGAACCAGGGCGAGCUGAAAAGGACUUUGGGCGUUUUGAUACAAAAACAGUAGUUAAGAACAUAUAUACUAUGUUCUCUGGAAGUGAACUGCCAAUUGCAAAAGAUGAUGAGGAAAUAAUGGAUUUGGUUGAUCCUUCUGCUCCAGUGCCUGACUGGUUCACAGGAGAGGAUCUUGCAAACUACGCAUCUCUUUACGAAAAGUCAAGUUUCCGAACAGCAUUGCAGGUGCCUUACAGGGCUUGGCUAGAAGAAUAUGGAGUUAAAGAUAUCAAAGUCAAGGUUCCCUGUUUGCUUGUAAUGGGAGAGAAGGAUUACGCCCUUAAAUUUGGUGGAUUAGAGCAAUACGUUAAAAGUGGAAUGGUGAAAGAAUAUGUGCCUAAUCUGGAAACCAUAUUCUUACCAGAAGGCAGUCAUUUUGUACAAGAGCAGUUUCCUGAACAGGUCAAUCAGUUGAUUAUCACCUUCCUCAAAAAGCUCAUAUAAUAAACUGCUUGCCAGCGACGUUGAAUAAAGGGCAACCCAGUGCACGAAACUCCCGUUAUGCACAAGGUUUGGGAGGAGCCGGCAUUUGGGUCUUAUUUUUCAGAGUUGAAUGUUGAUCUCAGUUUUAUCAAACAAUACCAUAUCACAUUUUCGGCAUAUUUCUACUUGUAUGUUGAUCAAUAAAAGGGACGAUGGUUUACGCGCCUCAGUUCUACAACACGUUUCCAGAGUUUUUACAGCAAAAUAUUCUGUUAAUCUUCAUUGAAUCUUACAGGAUAAAAAGAACAGUUUUUAGUGGACACA